AUGCUCAAAUGCCUCUCCUUCAGGUCAUCAACUUCUUCCUCAACCAUCCAAAACCCUUCCCAAGAGGACACACCCAACAUCUCUGGCGAGUACAACAUCGCUGUGCACACCACGUCGUACACCGAGAUUCGCUCCAACGUCCAGGCCCAAGCCCACCACCUCAACCCCACGCGCGAGCGCGUCCAAGAAGCUCUAGCCCAGGUCAACGCCGACAACCUCCACCACUGCCUCAUCCGCGCGCGUGCCAUGCACGCGCCGCUCCUCGACCUCUUCCAAACCUUCGACCCUUCCCACCCCUCUCAAAACGACUGCGUUCGGGCUCUCCACAUUUUCCACCCCUUCCACACCCUCCCAAACCCCAUUCCUAACUCCCACACCUUCUCCACCAUCCGCACCGACCUCUCCGCCCUUAAAACCAUCCUCGAUGGUCGCGCUGCCAAAUCGCUCACGAGCCUCCGCCUCUCCCGCCGCCUUCUCCGCGGCUCCGCCAUGUGCUUCGUCGCGGUCGCAAUUGCUGUGAUUGCGGCCACUGUCGCAGCCACGGUGCACGCUGUGGUAGCAAUUGCUGGUGCCGGUUUUGCUCUGCCGCUUUGUGCCUCUGAGAAGAGGGAACUUGAUAGGCUUAGGCAGAUUGAUGCCGCUGCCAAAUGUGCUUACGUGUUGAGUAAUGAUCUCGGGACAAUCGACGCUCUAGUGUCGCGGCUGCGCGCGGCGGUGGAGGGGGACCAGGUGUUGGUGAGGCUUGGUUUGGAGAGGGGCAAUGAGAAGUACCUUGUGCAGGAAGUUAUCAAGCAGCUGUGGAAGAGUCACCUAGGGUUUUUGCACCAGGUUGAUCAUCUUGAGGAGCAUAUAUUCCUCUGCUUUUAUAACAUCAACAAGGCAAGGCUUUUGGUUCUUCAAGAGAUAUGCUCUAAUUCGACUUGUAGUUCUAGUUCCCAACCAAUUGAUCAAAGGUUUUAA